CACAUUCGCGUGAGUUAGAUGGUAAAGAAGCCAAAAAAUCGAGGGAGAAGCAGCAAUCAAGAAUCGCGGUGGUUUAUCCGAUCCAAUCCCGCCGGAAUCUGAGGAGCUCGGUCGCAAUUGAGGCGUUAGGAGCGGCCAGGGGAAGGGAUGGGAGGAGGAGAAGGCGCCGGGGCGGAAUUGUCGACGGACAACGUGAAGGGGAUAGUCCUGGCGCUCCUCUCCAGCGGCUUCAUCGGCGCCAGCUUCAUCAUCAAGAAGAAGGGCCUCCGCCGCGCCGCCGUCGCUUCCGGCGUCCGCGCAGGUGUCGGUGGGUACUCGUACCUCAUGGAGCCCCUAUGGUGGGUUGGCAUGAUCACUAUGAUUGUGGGAGAGGUCGCCAAUUUUGUUGCAUACGCCUUCGCCCCCGCGGUGCUGGUUACUCCUCUUGGAGCACUCAGCAUAAUUGUUAGUGCAGUGCUGGCCAAUUUCAUCCUGAAUGAGAGGUUGCAUGCUCUUGGGGUGCUCGGUUGCGUAAUGUGCAUUGCGGGAUCUGUGGUGAUUGUUAUCCAUGCUCCACAGGAGCAGGAGAUUACGUCGGUUAGGGAAAUCUGGAACAUGGCAAUGCAACCCGCAUUCUUGCUAUAUGUUGCUUCAGUUAUUGUGGUGGUCUUUGUCCUGGUGUUCUAUUUCUCCCCUCUCUACGGGCAAGCAAAUGUGUUAAUCUACACUGCCAUUUGCUCUUUGAUGGGUUCUCUUACGGUAAUGAGUGUUAAAGCUCUUGGUACAUCCUUAAAGCUGACUUUUGAGGGGACAAACCAGUUAGUAUAUCCAGAGACUUGGUUCUUUCUGCUUGUUGUGGUUACUUGUGUGCUGACACAGAUGAAUUAUCUGAAUAAGGCACUUGACACAUUCAAUACAGCGAUUGUAUCUCCAAUUUAUUACGUGAUGUUCACAACUCUUACAAUACUUGCAAGUGUCAUAAUGUUCAAGGAUUGGUCUGGUCAAAACCUUGGAAGCAUCACUUCUGAAAUUUGUGGUUUGAUUGUUGUGUUGUCCGGCACCAUUUUGUUGCAUGUGACAAAGGACUAUGAAAGGAUCCCACAAUCAAGAAGUAUUUAUGCGCCAUUGUCUCCCUCCUUGACAACUAGAUUAAAUGGAGAGCUGUUGAAGCACGUCGAGGAUGAGAGGACUCCCGAUGAAGAAAAAGCCUUGAGAAGGCAAGAGAUGUACUAGCAUCAGAAGCACGAAGGGAAGGACUAGUAACUCUGAUGGACGCUGCAGUGGGGCUUGUGUAUGGCACUAUAUGGAACAAUAGCGAUUGUCGAUUCCUCCAUUAUGUUGUGUUAGCUUGUGUAUAUAACCAGACAUCUUCAGCAAUUGGUGCAAGGAUGAAAGUGGCUGCCUAGUGAUUGCAAAUCUGGGUGUGGAUUUGGAAGGAGCAGAUAGAAUUAAGACGCGUGCAUAGAUUCUUGUCUGGUUUUAUUUUCCUUUUCUGUAACGUUUUCCAAGUUUUGUCCACGGCAUUUGUUGUUCCUUGCGUAGAGUUAAGAGUGACUGAGAGCCACGGAGAGAUUGUAUGCAACUGUGAAUGAUGUGAAUUAUUGUUGUCUUAGUGAAA